UCCGUACAGCGGUCAGUACUGGCCCAGCAUCUACCACACCAUGGCCUCUCCUUGCUCUGCUAUGGCUUACCAUCAUGACAGCAGACGGAUAUUUGUGGGCCAGGAUAACGGAGCCGUAAUGGAAUUUCACAUAUCUGAAGAUUUUAAUAAAAUGAACUUUAUCAAGACCUACCCAGCUCAUCAGAACCGAGUGUCUGGAAUUAUCUUCAGUUUGGCCGCAGAGUGGGUGGUCAGCACCGGCCACGACAAGUGUGUCAGCUGGAUGUGCACGCGGAGCGGGAACAUGCUGGGGAGGCACUUCUUCACCUCCUGGGCCUCGUGUUUACAGUAUGACUUUGAUACUCAGUACGCUUUUGUUGGUGAUUAUUCUGGACAGAUCACCCUGCUGAAGCUUGAACAGAACACGUGUUCAGUCAUUACAACCCUUAAAGGACACGAAGGUAGUGUAGCCUGCCUCUGGUGGGACCCGAUUCAGCGGUUACUCUUCUCAGGAGCGUCUGACAACAGCAUCAUCAUGUGGGACAUCGGAGGAAGGAAAGGCCGGACGCUCUUACUGCAGGGCCACCAUGACAGGGUGCAGUCUCUGUGUUACCUUCAGCUCACACGGCAGCUCGUCUCCUGCUCCUCGGAUGGUGGGAUUGCAGUGUGGAACAUGGACGUCAGCAGGGAAGAGGCUCCUCAGUGGUUAGAAAGUGAUUCGUGUCAGAAAUGUGAGCAGCCCUUUUUCUGGAACCUCAAGCAGAUGUGGGACACAAAGACACUGGGGCUGAGACAGCACCACUGCCGGAAGUGCGGGCAGGCCGUCUGCGGGAAGUGCAGCAGCAAGCGCUCGAGUUACCCCGUCAUGGGCUUCGAGUUCCAAGUCCGGGUCUGUGAUUCCUGUUACGACUCCAUCAAAGAUGAAGAUCGAACUUCUCUAGCGACCUUUCAUGAAGGAAAACACAACAUUUCCCACAUGUCCAUGGAUGUUGCCAGGGGACUGAUGGUGACCUGUGGGACCGACCGUGUUGUAAAGAUCUGGGACAUGACGCCGGUGGUGGGCUGCAGCCUGGCCACUGGGUUUUCUCCACAUUGAUGCGGGAGCUGGGCGAUGUCCACACCUUACGAGCAGCAACUCUACCAAAUGAAACCUUUCCCACAUAGCUCCGAGGUCACUGUCUCGUAAUGGACAGACAGUAGCCGCUUAAAAACAAAUCAGCAUUUUUACAAUGAAAAAAAUGUAAAGAUGUGUUUUGGGGCAUUUGUGGAAAUUACCUGUGGGGACUAAUAUGGAAAAGGUCUGUGUGUAGUGGCUCCCUGAGGGAUGGAAUUACUUCAGCGAAACUUCCUCAUGAAAAGUGUGCUAAGGUGUAAAGAGAGAAUUAUCUAGUAAAUGAGCGUUUUAGACUGGAAAAAGUUGAGCAAUAAAGUCAACGCUUAGAAGGGUUUAAAGCAGUCCCAGGUACAGACACACUUCCCCUCAGGGGCUCUGUGGUAGGAGCAGGAGUUGGCAGGAAGAGGACUGGUUCUCUCCUUCUGGAGGGGUGGCAAUAGGAACUUAAGAAACCAGAGAUCUCCCUUAUGUCCUGGCAGGAUGUGAGUGUCCCCUACACUUAGAUAUUAUAAACUUACAGACACUUGUUCUUUUUGGGUCGUGCUAUAAUCUGCACUUAGCAUUCGGCUCACUCCAGUUGGUUCUCUUCCCAGCCAGUGUGCCAUGGAUGAACCUUUGCAGUUGUUUUUGAGUAAGUUGUGCAGUCUCUGUAGUGACCAAGGCAGUCCAUAUUCUUCCUUCUCCCCCCAAAUGUGCUCUGAGCUCAAAAACGUUUUUAUGGUGCUGUGAAUGUAGGAGUCAAGGAGUCGCACAAGCUGCCUGGCUUUUCCUCAUCACAGUAACGACUAAUGGAAAACCCUGCAACCAGCAUGAUUGUGAUGGGAAAUGAUCAGUCUGUUCCGCGGGCCAGCCCAUCCUCCUGACUGCCACGUGCUGCUUGCAGUUCCAAGAUGAGCCUCUGAGAUAUUGUGGCAAUUUAAUAUCAUCUUCAGAAAAGUACUCCAUAGCUUUUAAACUGUCCUGACUUUUAGUUGGAACCCGUAGUAUUCACAUUUCAGAGUAGGAAAUUGGUGACCCAGAGCUGUAAACGUCAGUCAGUUCUCGCAUAGUAAUUUUCACCUUGUAAAUUGCUUUCAUAACCACUGGCAAAAAUCCUUGUGCAUAGGGGCGUUUCUAAAGCUUCUGGACACUGAGUGCUAGGAUGAGGAAGACCUCUGAACAGGUUCAUGUCUUUUCAUAUUCCAAUUUAUGUGUGUGUUUUUUUUAAACAACAGUUCGUGUAUCUAUUACUUGAGGACUGUGGCAGUGAGUGUAGAAGGGCCAACUUUUUUAAAGGACAAUGAAUAUAAAAAUAAAAUAAAAAUAAAAAUAAAAAUAGAUAGCAACAGUAGCUUUGUUAGUCUUACCAAUGUAUUGAUUUUAAAAAUCUCAGUACUGCACCUCUCUGUGUUGGGAUGGUGUUGAAACAACGUGGUCAUUCAGCUUGAUAAAACCAAGGGACUGAGCCUGUCUUAUAACAGUGUCUUAGAGGUACUAAGAAGUUUAAGACAGGCAGUGAAACUAAGAAGUCUUAAUGGCAGAUACUAAGGAAAGGAGGCCAGGCACAUUGUGUUCUGGAAUGAUCUGCAUGAAAAGCUGGCUUGUCUUCAGAAAUAAGACUGAAGGAUUUUGUUGCUUCUUAUAAUUGUCCUGUUACAUCACCUGAAACAGAUAAACUUCCCCAGACUCUUUUAAAAAUACAUAUUGUUAACAUAGUUUAGUAAAAUUAAGUGAUGGUCACUUUUCACCCACAGCGUUAAGUGUUAAGCUUCCUAUAUUCCCUUUAGUCCAGUUAAUGGUUCAGCCCAAACGAUGGUGCUAUUCGGGGGUGGGGUGGGGGUAUUAAGUCCUGAGAGGAAAUUAGAACACGAGCAAUUUCUUGCCCUGUGGAAGAGUGCUGAACUGUGGUUUUGUUUUCUCUUAACUUCUGUAAAAUGUGACUUCUUAAUAUCUGUGGUAGACUGAACAGAGAGUAUCACGGCUGCUGAGAGUACUCCAUAGCUUUCACACUUGUUUUAUUUUAAGAAAUUCUUUAUGAAAAACCCUGUGUUACAUAGAGAACAUAAAGUUGUUAGAGUGCCUCCCGAGGGGUUAAUAUAAAUGAAGGAGGGAAUUUCUAUUUAAGGAAGAACUGAAGUGAGGUAUCUCAGGCAAGGAAAGGAGAAUGUUUGCCGUAGCUUGCUCUGCCCCCUGGCCUAGUUUCUUUUUUCUGUUUAAAGACAUACGUGCCAGGCUUGUCUUGUAUAUCAUGUUUUAGGUAGCAAAGGGGUAAUAUUUUUUAUAGAGGUGGGUGAAAAUUAUUUUCUCAAUUGUACAGACGAGACUCAGAGAGAAGGUACAGAUAGGCUUAUAGCUCUUGCCUUAUUUUGAUUGCACUUCUCUUAAAUGGGUCGUUUAAAUUAGUUCUUUAAGUAACAGUUUACUGGUCUUUCCUUUCCUGAGUAUGCAAGCUCAUUUGUACAUGUCGGGAUGAAGGAGUACAGAAUAGUAGAGAAGAUGCUUAUAUUUAAUCUAGUGUUGUAGGAUAAGCAAAUGCCAAUUCUUCAUUGUAAACAUGUUUUUAAAUCGCUCUUUAUUAGGCCAAGUGAUAGCAAUACCCUUAUAGCAUUAGUAGAAACAAAUUAUUCAUGAUGUUGUAAAUCUCUGUUUACUGUGUCCUAGCUGGGUCUUGCUACCAAGAGACUAUGAACAAAAAACAUCUGCUCUAGUGUAUCCCUUUGUCCUCCCCUGAAGAAUUCGAGUUGUUAGCAUCUAUAUUUUUAAACUGUUGAAACUGAUCCAAAUGUGUAAUAAAUACCGUCGGAGCUCUGGUCCAAGGAGAUAUUUUUCUAAAAUCAGUUUUCAUUAAAGGACUUUCUACUUCCGUUACUGGUAUCUCCUAAAAGGUAAGAAACCCAAUUACUGUAACGAUAAACCAUCUGCUCAUUCUAAGUGUGAGGUUUAACAAAUAAGUAAUACAUGCUACAUUUAUUCAAGUGUCUAUUGCUUAAUUGUUAAUUGUGAGCAGAUUAUUGAAUGCCUACUCUAUUUUCUGCAGUUUACAAUACAAUAACUCUUGGAGUCUGUUGAAGUUUAAUUGUGCAACAAAUUUCUAUUAGAGUACAAUUUAAAGUGUUUUCUCUAUAGCCUUUUUUGAUUGGGGGAGCAAAAACUAAUGUUUAAUUAGUACAUUUUGUUCUUGUACUGGCUAUGUUUCUAUAAGACGCAGUGCCCAGCGUAUCCCAGAGAUGCUAGAAAACUUUGUUCUUUGCUCCUAAUUGUGGGUUCUGUUUUUGUGGGGUUUUUUGAGACUAUGCAUACAAUAAAAUACUCCUUGCUUGUUA